AUGGUGGGGAGGAGCGACAGCGAGGCUACUUCCGGCGGCGAUAAGCCUUUAGAUUUGUUUCUGAGGAUCGGUUUGGAUGAGAGGACCGCCAAAAACACCGUAGCUAACAAUAAGGUCACGGCUAAUCUCACGGCCGUUAUUCACGAGGCUGCCGUGACGGACGGCUGUGAUCGUACGGUCGGGAAUCUCCUGUACACUGUUGCUACAAAAUUCCCAGCAAAUGCGCUCGUGCAUCGUCCUGCAUUGCUUAAAUAUAUUGUUUCAUCAAAGAUUAAAACUCCUGCUCAGUUGGAAGCUGCCUUUUCAUUUCUUGCUGCUACGGCUUCGGAUGAUUUUGAGGUCAAUGAUUUUGAAGCCACCUGUGGUGUUGGAGUUGAGGUUACUAUUGAAGAUAUUGAACAUGCAGUGAAUGAAAUUUUUGAAGAGAAUAAAGCUGUUAUUGUGGAGCAGCGGUAUCGAACAAAUGUUGGUGAACUUUUUGGUUAUGUAAGAAAGAAACAGCCAUGGGCUGACCCAAAGAUUGUGAAGCAAAUCAUUGAUAGCAAAUUGUAUGCUCUGCUGGGUGAGAAGACAGCUGCAGACAAUGAAAAACCUGCAAAAAAGAAGAAAGAGAAGCCUGUCAAAGCCGAGGAGAAAGCAGUUGUUGAAGAAGCAGUUCCAGCUAAACCAUCUGAAGAAGAAAUCAAUCCUUUUUCAAUAUUCCCUUCACCUGAUCAGAAUUUCAAGGUGCAUACCGAAAUCUUUUUCAGCGACCGUCCAGUGCUCAGGGCUUGCAAUACUAAGGAAAUACUUGAGAAACAUUUGAAGAUCACUGGUGGGAAGGUUUACACGCGCUUUCCGCCUGAACCUAAUGGAUAUCUUCAUAUAGGUCACGCCAAGGCUAUGUUUGUGGACUUUGGCCUAGCAAAAGAGCGAGGUGGAUGCUGCUACCUAAGGUAUGAUGAUACGAAUCCAGAAGCUGAGAAGAAGGAAUAUAUCGAUCAUAUCGAAGAAAUAGUUGGAUGGAUGGGCUGGGAACCAUUUAAGAUUACAUACUCUAGUGAUUAUUUCCAAGAACUCUAUGAAUUAGCAGUGGAAUUGAUUCGCCGAGGUCAUGCUUACGUUGAUCACCAGACACCUGAUGAGAUUAAAGAAUAUAGGGAGAAGAAGAUGAACAGUCCCUGGAGAGACAGACCGAUCGAGGAAUCUCUAAAAUUAUUCGAUGACAUGAAAAAGGGACUGAUUGAGGAAGGAAAAGCCACUUUGAGAAUGAAGCAGGACAUGAAGAGCGACAACUUCAAUAUGUAUGACUUAAUAGCAUAUCGUAUCAAGUUCACUCCUCAUCCACAUGCUGGAGACAAAUGGUGUAUCUAUCCAAGUUACGAUUUCACUCAUUGCAUUGUUGAUUCUCUGGAAAACAUAACUCAUUCGCUGUGCACGCUUGAAUUCGAGACACGACGGGCAUCAUACUACUGGUUGUUGGACGCACUUGACCUUUACCAGCCUUACGUGUGGGAAUAUUCACGAUUAAACAUCAGCAACACAGUGAUGUCAAAGCGGAAGUUGAACCGCCUCGUAACAGAAAAGUGGGUCGAUGGUUGGGAUGAUCCUCGACUCAUGACUCUUGCUGGGUUGAGACGUAGAGGUGUCACUGCUAGUGCCAUAAAUUCCUUCGUCCGGGGAAUUGGAAUAACUAGAAGUGACUCCAGCCUGAUACGUCUAAAUCGCCUGGAGUACCAUAUCAGGGAGGAACUGAACAAAACUGCACCUCGCACAAUGGUUGUGCUAGAUCCAAUAAAGGUUGUAAUUACAAACAUGGAGGCAUCUGUAAUGGACCUUGAUGCAAAGAAAUGGCCUGAUGCUCCAGCUGAUGAUAUGUCUUCAUUUUAUAAGGUAUGCUUGCGUUGUAACUUUCAAAUCUCCAUCUUGGCUAGCACGGUUCCCUUCUCUAAGGUUGUUUACAUCGAAAAAUCUGAUUUUCGAUUGAAAGAUUCUAAAGAUUACUACGGACUUGCUCCCGGGAAAUCUGUCCUCCUCAGGUAUGCAUUUCCCAUCAAGUGCACGGAAGUUAUUUUAGGUGAUAAUAACGAGACUGUUGUCGAGAUUCAUGCAGAGUAUGAUCCAUCAAAGACGACCAAACCAAAGGGGGUUCUUCACUGGGUUUCAGAGUCUUCACCCGGGGUUCAACCACUUAAGGCGGAAGUCAGAUUGUUUGACAAAUUAUUCAAUUCCGAGAAUCCUGCAGAACUGGAAGACAAGUGGCUUGAUGAUUUGAACCGAAACUCUAAAGUUGUUAUAUCGGAUGCCUAUGCUGUUCCUUCUCUCAAGGAUGCUUCUGUUGGAGACAACUUUCAGUUUGAAAGAUUAGGCUACUUUGUGGUUGAUAAGGACUCGACACCCGGAAAGCUUGUGUUCAACCGCACGAAGGGCAACGGGCGAUUACCUACGGCGACGGGCGAUUACCUCCAGCGACGGGCGACGGGUGAUUACCUCUGUAUCCGCGACGGGCGAUCCAGCGGCGGGCUUUUUGGGCGAUUAGCAAGGGAGCGAGAGAGUCGGGCUGCCUUCCUGUCGGCUCCGGUCAUGUGGUCCACCAGCGGCGGCUCUGCAGGUAGCGAUUGGGGAGAGGGUUCGAGGUUGCAGGGCCCGAUUUCAGGUAGCGAUUGGGAAUUUUGGGCCCGAUUUCAGGUAGCGAUUGGGAAUUUUGGGCCCGAUUUCAGGUAG